AGGGUCGAGGCGCCUGCGCAAUCGCGCUUCCUUAGGCUGCAGCCAUGGCGGGGCAAGAGGAUCCGGUGCAGCGGGAGAUUCACCAGGACUGGGCGAACCGGGAGUACAUUGAGGUCAUCACCAGCAGCAUCAAGAAAAUCGCAGACUUUCUCAACUCGUUCGAUAUGUCUUGUCGUUCAAGACUCGCAACACUAAACGAGAAAUUGACAGCUCUUGAGCGGAGAAUAGAGUACAUUGAAGCAAGGGUGACAAAAGGUGAGACCCUCACCUAGAACUGUGCCAUGCUGCUGCUGGGAAGUUGCUUUUACAGAACGCAGACCCUCGUGGGAAAGGCCCCAGCAGCCUUCAGCUCCUUCCUCUCUCCUUAAAGAGCAACAGGGCUUAUUCUUGUUUUCCUUUUUUUCAAAAAUGUGGCCUUUGGGCUCUGCCAUGUACACCCAGCAGUGUGAUGUGGCAUGUGGGGAGGAGCCAGGGGAACUCUCAGAAACAACAUUAGGCAUUUUACUUCUUCAGUGACACUUUGUAGAACUACUUGUCAACAUAUUUGAGGCGCUAAGAGCCAGAAGGUGGGGACUCUGUCAAGGUCCUCCCCACCUCUCUCUCUCUCUCUAUCUCUCUCAGCCUUUCCUUGCAGUUCUCAUUGCCUCUGCAUUGAUUCUAUAAACGGUCUUUGCCUCCUCCCCACCUUUGGCCGGGGGUCAGAAGCAGUCCUGGCUGUGGUGCCCUGGCGAGGUGGCUGCCAGAGAAUGUUGUUGCUAACCCACCAGUUUCUUGUCCUUUUGGGGAGGUCAAGCCCAGGCCCCCACUUGGCUUGAAAAGGGACAUUUUCAGAGUUUUCUUUCUCUCACUUGGGGUGUCUUUAUCUCUCAUAUUUCCCUAAUAAACUCCUCAACUUUAUCUGACUGCUGUGAUUGUGGUGGGGAGAGGAGCUAGAGAUGGGGCUCACGUAUUCCACAGAAAUCUGAUGUGUGGGAUUCUUACUCUAACAGCAAACUUGCAGAUGUAGCUGUUUGAUCAAACCCUAGGUGGCUUGCCAGCUGGAGCCCCCAUAUUUGGACUUUGUGCUAGUCCAUCCUGAGAAUCGUUUGGUCGUUCAGUGGACAUUUACCGAGUACUUAGUAUGUAGGCACUUUAUGCUCCAAUAAAAUAUGCAGUGUUGAAUCAGGCGUGAUGCUUGCCGUCUGUUGAAAUACCAGCAUCUACACAAUUUAACUGCAAUCCAGGGAAGACUAUUAGUUUUAUAAAGUACAAGCUAAACGUCUACUUCUUUUUGAAAAGCAAAUCAUUUAAGCAAAAGAGUCUAAAACUUUUCAUUCUAGCAUCAAAGCCUGCUAUAAACUUGUGCCAACCCACUCCUAACGGCUUAGUCACCAUGUAGAUUUUCAUUUUAGUCAUGUAGAAGUCAUUUCUCCCUAUUCAAAUCUUACUUGCCACUCAAGGUCUAGCUUAAGCCGAACCUCCUCCAUAAAGUUUUCCUAACGUUACUUUUCAUUCAGUGCUGCCCUAUUCCUUUUCUCAGUCCCUCCCAUCCUGCCAUGCUAAUACUGCGCUUCAGCCCUGGGUUUGAUCUUGUUCUCUGCCUUGGUGUCUGCAUCGUACAGUGUACAUCAGUGCCUUUGCCUGUGUUGCUCAGCUGGGUACCUUGCAAAAGGCAGGUAGUCAGUAAAUAGCAAUUGAAGUGACUUGGCAGAGCUCAAGCUGCUUUGCAUUGUCACAUCUGAGCUUAGAUCCGUGCUUAGACCUUUGGAAGACCAUUUUAAGUAGUAUUUUCACUUAAAAAUGUGGUAUUACAAUGGAGGCAAUACUGACCUCCUUUACUUUGGUAAGUGCUGUUUUUCAACAUUAUUGAGCUCAUCUGAGGUGAUCUAACAAUCGCUUGAGUUCAUUAUUCAUAAUAUCUUCUCUAUCCUUUCUGAGAUAAAUAAGUACUUGUAAAGUUCAAGUUUUAGAUUAUCCGGUGCUCUGCAGUCAGUUUAACAGAUACUAAGUUCCUACUAUGUGCAAGGACUAUAAUAAGAUAGUAAUAGAGGCAAAAGUGAUGAUAAUCUAUAGAAGCCAGAAAAACCCUUCCUUAGAUGAUGUGAAAAUGAUAAAUAUUUUUAUGGUCCUGUAGACAUUCUGUUAAUUUGUUGAUAUCAAAGUAAUAUUUCUAAAAAAGUUAGUGCCCUAAAUACCAUGUUGCUAAUGGUAAGCUGCUGCUUAUAAGGAGAGCAAUUGGCGUGGGAACCAGUGGGAACCAGUGAGCUUGACCUCCUCCAGUAGAGGUAACUCCUCCUGCUUACCUGGCACUUUGAGGUGUCAGAGUGCUUUCCUGUGUAACUGUCAAUACCCCCUUUAUAAAAUGAGCCUCGGCUCGCUCACGGAUAUGUAACUAGUAUUGUCUGUAACUUAUUGAGUGUUACCACGUGCUAGAUGUGCUAAGUGCUUUGUGUACUCUUUUUUGUGUGUGUGUGUGCGGUACACGGGCCUCUCACCGUUGUGGCCUCUCCCGUUGCGGAGCACAGGCUCCGGACGCGCAGGCUCAGCGGCCAUGGCUCACGGGCCCAGCCGCUCCGCGGCCUGUGGGAUCUUCCCGGACCGGGGCACGAACCCGCGUCCCCUGCAUCGGCAGGCAGACUCUCAACCACGGCGCCACCAGGGAAGUCCAUGUACUCUGUUUCAUUUAGUUCUCAAGCCCUAAGAAGUAGGCGUUCUUACCUCCAUGCAGUUCUUUAGAGAGGCUGAAACUUGUCCAGAGUCGUACAAAGUAAGGAAAGGUGCUGGACCUUGAACCUAGACCUGCCUGCCUCAGACUGCUCUAACCGUUUCACUCCCAAGUGUGGUAUAACCACAUCUAAAUCUUCCUUUCUCGUUCCUACUUCAGUGCUAUUAGAUAAUUUUUUUUAAUAUAAACUUAUUUAUAUAUUUUAUUUUUGGCAGUGUUAGGUCUUCGUUGCUGCACGCGGGCUUUCUCUAGUUGUGGCGAGCAGGGCCUACUCUUCGUUGCGGUGCGCAGGCUUCUCAUUGCGGUGGCUUCUCUUGCUGUGGAGCAUGGGCUCCAGGUGUGUGGGCUUCAGUAGUUGCAGCACGUGGACUCAGUAGUUGUGGCUCGCAGGCUCUAGAGCCCAUGCUCAGUAGUCGUGGCGCAUGGGCUUAGUUGCUCCGCAGCCUGUGGGAUCUUCCGGGACCAGGGCUCGAACCCGUGUCCCCUGCAUUGGCAGGCGGAUUCUUUUUUUUUUUUUUUUUUUUUUUUGCGGUAUGCGGGCCUGUCACUGCUGUGGCCUCUCCCAUUGCGGAGCACAGGCUCCGGAGGCGGAGGCCCAGCGGCCAGGGCUCACGGGCCCAGCCGCUCCGCGGCACGUGGGAUCCUCCCGAACCGGGGCACGAACCCGUGUCCCCUGCAUCGGCAGGCGGACCCUCAACCACUGCGCCACCAGGGAAGCCCUCUUUUUUUUUUUCUUUUAACAUCUUUAUUGGAGUAUAAUUGCUUUACAAUGGUGUGUUAGUUUCUGCUUAGUAACAAAGUGAAUCAGCUAUACAUAUACAUAUAUCCCCAUAUCUCUUCCCUCUUGCGUCUCCCUCCCUCCCACCCUCCCUAUCCCACCCCUCUACGUGGUCACAAAGCACCAAGCUGAUCUCCCUGUGCUAUGUGGCUGCUUCCCACUGGCUGUGUUUUACAUUUGGUAGUGUAUAUAUGUCCAUUACACUUUCUCACUUCGUCCCAGCUUACCCUUCCCCCUCCCUGUGUCCUCAAGUCCAUUCUCUAGUAGGUCUGCGUCUUUAUUCCCGUUUUGCCCCUAGGUUCUUCAUGACCUUUUUUUUUUUUACAUUCCAUAUAUAUGUGUUAGCAUACGGUACUUGUUUUUCUCUUUCUUACUUCACUCUGUAUGACAGACUCUAGGUCCAUCCACCUCACUACAAAUAACUCAAUUUCGUUUCUUUUUAUGGCUGAGUAAUAUUCCAUUGUAUAUAUGUGCCACAUCUUCUUUAUCCAUUCAUCUGUCGAUGGACACUUAGGUUGCUUCCAUGUCCUGGCUAUUGUAAAUAGAGCUGCAGUGAACAUUGUGGUACAUGACUCUUUUUGAAUUAUGGUUUUCUCAGGGUAUAUGCCCAGGAGUGGGAUUGCUGGGUCAUAUGGUAAUUCUACUUUUAGUUUUCUAAGGACCUUCCAUACUGUUCUCCAUAGUGACUGUAUCAAUUUACAUUCCCACCAACAGUGCAACAGGGUUCCCUUUUCUCCACACCCUCUCCAGCAUUUGUUUGUAGAUUUUUUGAUGAUGGCCAUUCUGACUGGUGUGAGGUGAUACCUCAUUGUAGUUUUGAUUUGCAUUUCUCUCAUGAUUAGUGAUGUUGAGCAUCCUUUCAUGUGUUUGUUGGCAAUCUGUAUAUCUUCUUUGGAGAAAUGUCUAUUUAGGUCUUCUGCCCAUGUUUGGAUUGGGUUGUUUGUUUUUUUGAUAUUGAGCUACGUGAGCUGCUUGUAAAUUUUGGAGAUUAAUCCUUUAUCAUUGCUUCAUUUGCAAAUAUUUUCUCCCAUUCUGAGCGUUGUCUUUUCGUCUUGUUUAUGGUUUCCUUUGCUGUGCAAAAGCUUUUAAGUUUCAUUAGGUCCCAUUUGUUUAUUUUUGUUUUUAUUUCCAUUUCUCUAGGAGGUGGGUCAAAAAGGAUCUUGCUGUGAUUGAUGUCAUAGAGUGUUCUGCCUAUGUUUUCCUCUGAGAGUUUGAUAGUGUCUGGCCUUACAUUUAGGUCUUUAAUCCAUUUUGAGUUUAUUUUUAUGUAUGGUGUCAGGGAGUGUUCUAAUUUCAUUCUUUUACAUGUAGCUGUCCAGUUUUCCCAGCACCACUUAUUGAAGAGGCUGUCUUUUCUCCAUUGUAUAUUCUUGCUUCCUUUAUCAAAGAUAAGGUGACCAUGUGUGCAUGGGUUUAUCUCUGGGCUUUCUGUCCUGUUCCAUUGAUCUAUAUUUCUGUUUUUUGUGUCAGUACCAUACUGUGUUGAUUACUGUAGCUUUGUAGUAUAGUCUGAAGUCAGGGAGCCUGCUUCCUCCAGCUCCGUUUUUCUUUCCCAAGAUUGCUUUGGCUAUUCGGGGUCUUUUGUGUUUCCAUACAAAUUGUGCAAUUUUUUGUUCUAGUUCUGUGAAAAAUGCCAUUGGUAGUUUGAUAGGGAUUGCAUUGAAUCUGUAGAUUGCUUUGGGUAGUAGAGUCAUUUUCACAAUGUUGAUUCUUCCAAUCCAAGAACAUGAUAUAUGCCUCCAACUAUUUGUAUCAUCUUUAAUUUCUUUCACCAGUGUCUUAUAAUUUUCUGCAUACAGAUCUUUUGUCUCCUUAGGUAGGUUGGCAGGCGAAUUCUUAACCACUGCGCCACCAGGGAAGCCCCAUUAGAUAAUUUUUAAGCUGUUACAUACUCACGUUAGUCUUACCUGCCUCUUCCCCGUCCUUCCUUUGGUAAAGAAGGCUUCAGGGGUUUUCCUGGCUGUGUCUGGCAAACACUGUUUGCAUUGAUGUCUAUGUUGUCAAGUUUCACUUCUUCCAGCUUCCUUUCUCUGAAGACUGAAUUGUGUGUUAUAUUUUCUGGAAGUCUUGCCUAAAGAAUUUAAUCAACUCUGGCACUUUCCCUAGCUGUCUCUCGGUUUCCCUCUUUUGAAAGACCUUAUUUGGUCAGGCUCCAGAAACUGGGAUUUUAUUCUCAAGUUAUACAUGUCUUUGCUCAUAGGUCAUUUCGGUCCAUAAACAGUGUUAUGCUAAACCACCGUUUAUUUUGUCCCCAGUGUGUCACUUCAACUUAUGUACUUAGAGUUCUGUCAUACUAACAUUUCACCCUCACCGAUGAUGAUAAAGUUAUACUUUACAUUUUAAUCUGUUUACUAAAUCGUUCAGUUUUUAAAAUUUAAACAUGUUUUAUCCUUUUAUGAUAAAAUUAAGAUGUUGCCAGGAUAGCUGUUUUGAUUUGAACCAUAGGAGACUAGGAGUUCAGAGAGGUUAAAUACUAUCCCCAGCUUUUCUGAAUGCAGAUUAUUCUCAGUCGCCUCACCAUCAUGAAUAAAAAUUGUCCUGGAUAAAAGAACUAUCAAAACUCAAACGUAAGAAAACAAGCUAAUAAAGAAAUGGACAAAAGAUUUGAACUGGUACUUCAAAGACAAAAGGAUGGCAAACAAGCUCAUGAAAAGACGUUCAACAUUAUUAGUCAUUAGGAAAUAAAAAUAAAAACCUCAUCGAAAUACCAUACGCAAUCUAUUAGAAUGGGUAAAAUUUUUCAAAAAGAAGAAAAUCCUGAUAAUAAGUGCAGGCAAGGAUGUGGAGUGACUGGAACACUCAUACAUUGCUGGUAGGAAUGCAAAAUGAUAUGACUACUCUGGGAAGACAAUUUAGCAAUUUCUCACGAAGUUAAACAUGCACUUACUGUAUGUCUCAGCAAUCUCAUCCCUAGAUGAGUCUCACCUAAGAGAAGUGAAAACUUAUAGACACACACACACACAAAACCUGUAUGCAGAUGCUUAUAGGAGUUUUAUUCGUGAUUGCUCAAUGUUGCUUAACUGGUGAGUGCAGUGGCCUACCACUUGGUGAUGGAAAGAAAGAAACUUGAUACAUUCUACAACAUGGAUGAAUCUCAAAUGCACCAUGCUAAGUGAAAAGCCAGACUCAAAAUGUUACAUGCUGUGUGGUCCCAUUAUGUGACAUUAUGGAAAAGGCAGAACUAUAGGGACGGAGGACUGAUGGGUCAGUGGGUGUCAAGACUUAAGCCUGGGGGUAGGGUUUCAUCACAUUCUCUUUGGGGGGUGGGAGAGGGUGGAUUGUUCUGUAUUUUGAUUGUUGUGAUCGUUCCAUGACUAUGCAUGUUGUCAAAACACACCUCUAUCCACCAAAAAGAGUGAACUCUAGAAAUUUAAAAUAAAUUUAGAAAAAAAAAAAUAGCCUGGU